UGUCGGUAUAGAGUAUGAUUUCGCAAGAUGAAGUCGUUCACAGCAGUUGCGGUAAUUGCUUUGGCAAUUUUUGCCUUGGCCUCCUCCAAACAUAUUGAGUCCAAAGUGGCGGAUAAGGACUUUUUGGUUAAGCAGAAAUUUUUGCUUGACGUUUUGCAGCAUGUUUAUCAAGAUGACGUUUUUGUAAAAAAGUACGAUGCAAGCUAUGUCAAUUAUAAGCCCUGGGAACAUGUAGAGGACUACAAUGAGAUAGAUUUGAUCAAGGAUUUCUUUGAUUUAUGGCAGCACAAACCCUUCUAUGAUGAUGAGAUUUUCUCUCCUAUCUACGAACGCCACGUUGAAUACGCUCACUACCUCGCUCGCUUGUUCUAUUUUGCUAAGGAUUGGAAUUCCUUUACCCAUGCCGUCUAUUGGGCACGCAUGCAUGUCAACAAACAAUUAUUUAUCUAUUCCUUGACAGUAGCUAGUAUUCACCGAGAGGAUUUGAGAGGAAUCGUUUUGCCAGCUAUCUACGAAAUUCUACCAUGGCACUUCUUCGAUGUUGACACUAUAGAGUUGGCUGAGAAAUAUAGAAUGCACGGAUUCCACAAUGUUAAGAAAUUGGACAAUCUUUAUAAUGUGGUAAUAAAGUCUAACUAUAGUAAUAUUUAUGGUGAUGUAAACUAUGACCACAGCUUGGCCUACUUUUUGGAAGAUAUUGGUUUCAAUGCAUUCUAUUACUAUUAUAACAUCGACUAUCCCCAUUGGGCCAAUGGCCCGGUCGGCCAUGAGUUGCAUAAGGAUCGCCGUGGUGAAUUUUAUCUAUUCUUGCACUGGCAAUUAUUGGCUCGUUACUAUUUAGAACGUUUGUCAGUUGAUUUGGGUGAAAUUCCACACUUUAACAUUUACCAGCCUUACGAAAAUGGUUACUUCAGUAAUUUACACUACUACAAGGGUGUUAGUUUUCCCGACCGUGAUAAUCACUACAACUUCUACUAUGAAGACAACUACCAAUACGCCAAGGAUAUUGAAUACUUUGGUGCUCGUUUGGCUCAUUAUGUCGAUACCACCAAUGAUGACUACUUGGUAGCUGUCGACAAAUUGGGCAACAUGAUCCAAGGCAAUCCCGAUUCCGUUAACUUUAAAAAGUACGGCAGUUUAGACCAUCUAUACCGUGAAUUGGCUAAUGAAGGUCGUCCCUAUGGCAAAUAUGGCGAAACUCUACCAGCCGUACUCAUGCAUUACGAAACAUCUUUACGCGAUCCCUUGUUCUAUUCCAUCUACAAAGACAUCGUUUCAUACUAUUGGCGUUUAACAUCAAUUUACCCUGAAUACAAAUCUAAAGAUUUGGAAUUCCCAGGAGUUAAAAUCGAUCACAUACACAUGCCAGAUGGACUCACUACAUACUUCGAAUACUUUGAUGCCGACAUCAGCAACUCUGUGAACGUUGAAGUUCCCAACUCAGAAAGCUCAGCCGAUGCUCUUUUCAAGUUCGGUCGCAACUCACAAUUACAUGGACAAAGCUUUAUUAUAAAAGCUCGUCAAUUACGUUUAAACCACAAACCAUUCGAAUAUACUUUGGACAUUACAUCAGAUAAGAGCCAAAAGGCCAUUGUAAAGGUCUUCAUUGGUCCGAAAUAUGAUGAAAAUGGUCAUCUGAUACAUUUGGAAGACAACUACAUGAACUUCUUCGAAUUGGAUCACUACGUUGUGGACUUGGUUGACGGUGCCAAUCACUUGAAACGUAGCUCUGAUGACUUCAAUUGGUAUGUCAGUGACCGCACUACCUACUUGGAGCUCUACCAAAAGGUCAUGGAUGCUACCAAUAGCGACUACAAAUUUCCACUUAAUCAGGAUGAAGCUCAUUGCGGUAUACCCCAACGCAUUAUGUUGCCUAAGGGAAAGAAGGGUGGCAUGUCAUUCCAAUUAUUCUUUAUUAUUUAUCCAUACCAUGCUCCUGAAGUUCCACAAUACUCAACGUAUGACCCAGUUAUUUCUUGCGGCAUUGGCUCUGGUAGUCGUUUUAUUGACGCUCUACCCUUUGGAUUCCCUUUUAAUCGUCCCAUCCACCACGACUAUUACUUCAAUGUUGACAACAUCAAAUUCUAUGAUAUUAAAAUCUAUCACAAAGACGAUCACACCAACGUGGUUUAAAAAUUUAUCCUGAAGGCAAUUUAUUGUAAUUUAAUAAAAUAAAACAUUUGUUACAUAAAUAAAAUUUAAAUAAAAUAAAAAUUUACAUUUUUUGAAAUUGUUAACAAA